UGGGGCGUGGUGAAUUUCCGAGCGAUUAUAGCCGACUUUAAGGCUGGAGUUACGAUGUCUGCCAGCGGUUGGCAGUUCGUUUUGAAACGCGUCGCGGCGUGGUUGUGUGUCCAUCGAGAUAGACCCAGAAAUACUUUAAGAGGUAUCCCGAUCCCAUCGAACCAUAGAUCGCGUGUUCAGUGAAGUGUUCAAGAAGCUAGUGACAAGUCUGUAAAAAUGGCAGCGACUAUAAUGCGAAUCAAAUAAAUCUGUGAGAGUUCAAAAACCAUAUACUCAAAACAUAAAUCAGCAAAUCCAGUUUUAUUAAUUUUUCAAUUUGGAGUAUACCCCUAAAGCAUCCAAAUUAGAGCGUGAAAAGAGCGAGUGGGUGAACCGGGGAAAUGGGCGCCAGUGGCAUAGCGACAACGGCGCCCUUGUCCAUCCGCCCGAAUCAGCGGCCGGACACUGGUGCGGAUGCGUGAUAUUCUCGCCCUGGCCCUCGAUAACUGAAAAUGCUAAGAGGUAGUGCAGUUCCAAAGCAGCACCAGCAGCCGUUGCGAAUCGAGAGCCACAGCACACAAAGUGUUGAUCAGCCAAUCAAGCCGAGUAACUAAGCGAUAUAGGGGCCUUGCGAUACUCAAAGCGACCUCGAAAGGGAAAGCCGGAGCCCCAGGAUGCGGAUGUGGAUGUGGAUGCCGCAGGCUGUGCAGCUGCUGUUUCUGAUGGGCUUGUGGGUGAUGCAAGGUCAGGCGCAACUGGAUGCUGCUGAAGCUGGAGCAGCUGGGACAGCUGGAGGAUCCCCACGGAACCGCAUCAAGGCGGAAGCGGAUGCCCUGAUGACGGGAGACAGCUUCAACAUUCGCCACGGGCGCUCUCGUUCGCAUUUCCUCCAUGGCAGCACCAACAGCACAAGCAGUGGCAGCAAUGGCAGUGCCAGUGGCAGUGGCAUCACCCGCCUCCUCCUGGUCACGCCCACCCAGCACCCGGGGGUGGGUGGGACAUCGCAGCCACCCGUCACGCACAAAAUUCGCAAAUUGCACAAGAAAAAAAUCAACGAGAGCAUACGCAAGAGUGUGGACAAAAGUCUGGGUCUCCUCCAUUCGCCCAAGAACCACCGCAGUUUGGCCGAGGCCGAGCAUCUGCAGGGUCGUCCUGCCAGCGAGGACACCGAGGACACGGCCCUCAGCGAGGUCAUGCAGCUGGCGGACGAGCUGGAGCUGGAGAGCUCAUUCACCACGGCAUCCCCAACAGGAGUUCCGGAUAAGCAGGCACGCCAAUUUGUGCGUAAUGAGGCCAGUUACCAGGCGGACGACACUCUCGAGGAGGAGGAGGAUGUAGAGGAGGAGGAGCCCGACGAAGAGCAGGCUCCAGCAGCCACCACAAGUAAGUCCAAAACAGCCAGAACCCGUUUGCUGCCAGUGAAUGGCACUUGGGAGCGAAAUCGUGACUCCUUCUCCGAAUCGGACUACAACGAAGAGGAGGGUCAGCCAUUUGGCAGGCUGCAGCUGCUCAACGACAGCCUCGCCACCACCGAAUGGAUGGAAGAGGGUCAGGGUCAGAGGUCAGCCCUCAACGAACCGGAGGCGGAGGCACGAUCCCAGGCGGCCAGCAUGGAGGUCAAGCAGAUCAGCUUUGACAGCGAUGCGGACACCGAUUCCGAUCCCGAUCCCGAUCCCGACCCCGAUCCCGGCCUGGACACCUCCGAGGUGACCAUGGACGAUGGCUAUCCGCCGGAUGUGCAGGUCGACGACAAGACCAAGCAGCUGGUCAUCGGCGACGUGGAGGGCGAGGAGUCGGGCGACAACAUGGAGUCCAGUCAGAUCACCGCCGAUGUGAUCAAUGCGCGCGACAGCAAGAUCGACCUGGUGUCCAAGUUCCUGCAGUACAUCGAGCAGCAGCACCUGAUGGGCUCCAACUGCGUGGCCGGCACCUCCCUGAACCUGGGCGAGGGCGUGGUCGAUCGCUAUGCCCAGGACCGCUUUCGCGUGGAGGCCGAGGUGGCCGUCAAUCGCGCCAACAUGCUGACCAGAAUCUUCAAGACCACGGGCCGCUCGGUGCAGGAGGAUGUCAACCUGCUGCACGCCUCCGUGCUCUCGAUGGUGGAGUUCGACGAUGAUAUAUUCGCGGCCGGAAAUUGCUUCGAUUGGAACGAGCAUCCCGCGCAGCCGGGCCUCUUCUGUCCGUUCGCCUACCGCCUGCCGCCGCCGAACUUGGGAGCGGUCUUUGCCAAGGAUCUGGCCAUGGAGUACCACUAUCUGGGCAACACCUCCGAGUGGUUCUUUCUGGCCCGCAAAAACGCCGAGAAGGUGAUAGCCCGCAACGAGCAGUAUCUCAAGUCCUUUCAUCUCUACUCGAACCGCACGGAGGAGCGAAUCGAGGACGACACACUGGCUGUGAAAUAUGAGGACGGCAGAUGGUCAAAACCGUAUUACGAUUGCGGCGGUGGCAACAUUUGGAUGCUGACCUACACGGUGCCCUUCUUUGGCUAUGAGAACGGCACCUAUCACUUCAAGGGCACAUCUGGCAUCGAUAUUGACUUGCGGCGCGUGGACAUCGACCAGUGUCCGCAGCGCCACACGCCCGGCACGAAGCGACCGCUGAACAUCUUCGCCGGCACAGACAAGUGCAAGCAGCGCACCACAAUGUGCGAAGCCAUAAUGGGAUUGGGCUUUCGGCGCGGCUCCUACAAAUGCCUGUGCCGCAAGGGAUUCUACUUCCCCGACAUCGCCUCGCUGCACAAGUUCUUCAACGGCAGCCUGCUGGAGGAGGAGUACGAGAAGCUGAUGCUGGGCAAGAACUCCACGUACAACAGCAACAGCGAGUACGAGUGCCUGCCGUGCGCCGAGGGCUGUGAUUCCUGCGAGGACUCCUCGCCCUGCAUCGCGGCCCUCAACUGGCCAAUGCGCACCAGCAUCCUGGCACUGGCCUGCAUCGUGAUUGGCCUCCUGCCCCCGGCAGCCUGGUUCACCUUCCGCUACCAGCAGGUUAAGGUUGUAAGGGCAGCCAGUCCAGCUUUGCUACGGGUGAUCGCCUUGGGCGCGUUCUUCAUUUACUGCACGAACAUUGUGAUGUACCCAAAUCCGAAUCUAUACACCUGCACAGCUCGUAUUUGGCUGCGUGAGAUUGGAUUUUCCCUAACCUACGGAGCUCUGAUGCUGAAAACCUGGCGGAUAUCGGUGAUUUUCCGAGUUCGUUCAGCAAAGGCUGUGAAAAUUACUGAUGCCGCCCUCCUCAAAAGACUGGGCAUCAUCUGCGGGGCCAUCGGCACCUGUCUGCUGGUCAGAACUCUCGUCUCGCCGCCAGAUGUUGUUGUGGGACGCACUGCCGAUGACCUGAAGGCAUUCCUCUGCAAAACCGACUGGUGGGACUACACAUUCACGUCAAUGGAGGUGCUGUUCCUGGCCUGGGGCGUUCGUUUGUGCAUCAUGGUGCGGAAGGCGCCGUCCGAGUUCAACGAAAGCCGCUUCAUUUCGAUGGCCAUCUACAAUGAGUUCCUGCUCACCUGCUUCCUCAAUGUGUCCAUGCUCUUCCUGCAGUCGCCGGCCAAUCCGGAUUUGCUGUACAUCAUCUUCUUUUGCCACACCCAGCUGACGGUGACGCUGCUCUUGGCCCUAAUCUUCGGCAGCAAGGUGUACAUCGUGCUGCGUAGCGGCAAAUCGCAUCAGGAGAACAUCGGCCUGGGCACCAAGGCAUCGGGGGCUAAAUUCAAUUUUCGCCCUCAAGUACGCACGUUUGCUAAUCCCAGUUCGGUGACCACCUCCACGGUCCCGGUGGCAGGCACCACGUCAGCAGAAACCAAGCUGUCCGACCAGGAGGCGCUGGAGGAGAUCCGGCAGCUGAGCAUGCAGCUGCAACGCAUACAGGAGAUGGCUCCGCCCAAGGGCGUGGCGGUGAUGACAAUCUCCAGCCUGCUGGACGGCCUCAAGACUCCCGGCGGAUUAAUGGUGGUGGCGGCGGCGGCCAGUGCCACCACCCAUGGCCACUCGGCUGCCACCCGGCAGAGCGCCCUGCCCCUUCUCGCCCUGAACGUUGAGAUGCAGAAGUACAGCCAGCAGAUGAGCAAUUCGAAUGGGCGGAGUGGGAGUGGUGCGAACGCCAGGACCAGUAUACCGACCAUGGUGCUAGAGACGCCGCCCAGCUCCACGCCCCCCUCGACGGCCUUCGAGGAGCGAGCCGUGAACACGGAGCUGAGUGGCGACGACUUCCGGGAGCAGCUGCUCCGGCGGACGGCCGACGGCCACAUCAUCUGCAGUCGCUGCCUGGACGCGUCCAAGGAGCACUACUACUGCUGUCCGCCGCGCAGCGCCUGCGACCAUUUGGGUUCGCCCAAGGACGAGGGCAGCCUGAGCUUUGCCAACAUCAAGCUGGAGUGCAUGUGCUCCCAGUCGGAGGACCUCGACCAGGACCAAAAUCAGCGCCAGCGGAAGCCCACGGUGCGGACGGCUGCGACCAACACUCCGCCGACCAGCUGCAAAAGGGCUCCGCGCAACCUACUGGAAACCGAACUGAGCAUUUCGUAUCAAAUUUGUGAUAACUGUAGAAGUAAGUACAAGCUAACUGGGCGCCGGCGCAGCGGUAGCUACUCCCAGGCGCAGGGCAACUCGCAGCUGGGCCAUCAGCCGAGUGUCCAGGUGCAAUUGCAGUCCCAGUCCCGCAGCAGCGAGAUCCUGGACCGUACCACUGCCGCCGAUGUGGAGGGCGAGGCCAGGACCAAGGCGGCGCACUCCACGGACGACAUUGUCCUGUACACCACCGGUGCCGAGAAGGAGGAGAACGGUGCCCAGGAUCAGCUGACCGAGCCCGUGCCGGCACCUUCGCUGGGCAAUGUGUCCAAUGCCUCCAACAACUCCACCAGCGGCAGUGGCGGAACCUCGCGUCCCAAGCGGCCGGAUAAGUUGGUCCUGGAUCUGAACGAUCGGUCCAAGUACACCAAAGAGGUUUCCGUGUAAAGAGAAUGAAUUUUGGCCAGCCAGACAAAGCUGUUCGGCAAAAGUCCCAGUUAAAUACUAUUAUUUUCAUUUGAUAUUAUGAAACAUUAACUAAUUCAAUUGGUUUAGCUUUGAUAUAUGAAAAUUUGUACAUUUUUAUUUAAAUCAGAAACAUUUAUUGUAUUAAAGGGUAUAGUUUUUGGAUAAACCUUUUCCAAUUUAAGCCCUUUCUAUCAACGGUUUUUGGCUUUAACUUGUCGAACAGACUUUGUAUUGACUGGCGGCAAUCAUAAAUGUUUUAUGCUUAGGCCAGUUGAAUUAUCAAAGACUUUAUUACAUUAUAUUUGUACAACUAAUUAGAUAACUCAUUGAUUUAGCUAAAUAUAGACAUAAGUCAACGCCGAUAAACACCCGACUUCAAUGAAAUUACAGUUUUUCGAUUUCCAUUGCUAAGCUAAAAGAUUUGCAACUAUAAUGAGCCCCAAAAUGUUGUGAAUUUAUUGAAUUUGGCAAACACCCGCAACGCACACACGCGAAAGUCACCAACACAUUUUGUUGAACGUCAUGUGUUUCGGCCGGAAUAUAAUUAAAUUUGCAUUUUAUGUAUGUAGAUAAUUAAAUCUAAAUUGCUUACUAAUUGAAAAUUUCAGCAAAGUCGUUUGCAAUGAAAAUCGUAUAAAUACUCAUAAUUAUGAUGGUGGUAAAAUGCAUUUGCUGUUAUAUUUAUUAAGCCAUGUUUAAGUGCCGAUCUAUUCAAAAUGGGAGCCCAGCCACAUACACAUGCCGUUUACAAUGGCCACUCUGUAAAAUAGUUAAUGAAAGUUGAUGUGAACUGUUAAAUACACAUAUCUCCUUUAAACUCACACAAUACCUUCCAACUAAAUGUAGUGAAUAAAUAAUUGUAGUUAAAUAUAAGCAUUAACUAGCUGUCGUACACUUAGCUGCAAUAUUAUAAAUAUUUCAACAUCUAUUCAAAGCUAACAAAUGCCCACCCCUUUGCCGAUUCCGAAAAAUUCCAUUUGCAUUUCAGUGUGUUGUCGAGAGGAUUGCAUGUAUUUAUGUACUGUAGUUAAGCGUUGAUGUUAUUGAGUUGGAAAAUAUGUGCAUUAAAUGCGUUUGUUUAAAGCAAUCCAAUAAAUGGCGAAUCUACUGAAUGUACACCGAAAA